CGCAAGACUAGGCUCACUUGUCACCUCUCCAUUUCCUCCCCUUCCCUCCCCCUCCCUCACCUUUCACACACACAUGGUCGGGUGUAAACAUUGAGGCUGAGGAGCAACACACACUGAUACAAACACCAUGGUGAAGAUCAAAACUACAUCAGUGAGGGAAAAGGAGCAAGAGGAUGAGGAGCUGUUCAUGGUGUCAGGAUUGGAUAACAUAGAUGGCGGGGAGGAUGACAACAAUGAGGAGGAGGAGGGGGACGACCAGCAGGAGGCUUCACACGCACAGCUUCUCUCCAACAUGAUGAAGAUAACCAAGAAAGAGAGGAUGCAGCAGGAUGUUCGCACCUCCAUGGGCACCUCCACCAUGGACACCAGCCACCUGCUGACACGCCUGCUUCCCUCUACCUCCCUGCUGAAGGCUAAGAGCAGUCACACCCUCUCCCUCCCUCUGGAGAAGAGUGUGGCCAAACGGAUCAAGCGUGCAGCAGGCUAUGAGAAUGUGGCCAUGGAGGUGAACAAGUGGGCCAAGGUGGUGAAGGCACAGAGGGAGACUGAGCAGCUCCGCUUCCCUCUGAAGCAGAGUGGUGUAUCUCUCAAGACGGUGGAGAAGACAAACUUGGUGCAGAUGAGAACACCACUGGAGAAUGAGGUCUACUCACUGCUGCAGGGUGCAAAGCUGGUGGAGAACAAGAAGGAGAGUGAGGAGGAGAUGAUUGCACGCAAGGCUCUCUCACUGGAGGAGAUACGGGAGCAAAACAGAGAGUUGUGGCGGCAGAAAGAAUUGAAACGGCGGUACGAGCAGAAGGCAAGACUGAUGAACAAGAGCAAGAGCAGAAAACAUCACAGGCUGCUGCGGCGGGAGAAGCUGAGGAAGCAGAAAACCAAAUUGGAGGAGCUGCAGAAGACCGACCCAGAAGCAGCGCUGGAAUGUUUGCAGGAACUGGAACUUGCCCGGAUACAGGAGAGGAUGAGCCUACGCCACAAGACCUCCAAGUGGGCACACCUGCAGGGCUUCAGGGCAAACAGGGACAAAACUGUGAUGGCAGCAUUGAAAGAGAACCAGCGCCUGCAUCAGGAACUGACAACCAAGUCAGCUAAAGCAAAAGAGAGUGUGGAAGAUGAUUUGUCAGAUGAGGCAGAUCUUGCCAAGGGAGAAGGAGGGAGUGCAGUGCAAGGAACAGAUGAAUCCCUCAAUCCUUGGAUCAAACAACGUGGAUCAGUAGUCUCUAAGAGCUCCCCUGAGGAUGAAUCCUUCACUAAGUUCAAGAAGUUCUGGGAGGAAGUCAACAAGAGAAAGCAGGCAGACCAGGAGAUUCAUGAACAAUUAGAAAAGGAAAGAGAAGAGAAAAAUAUUGAAGAUGAAAAGAUAGAAGAUCAGGAGCAAGAGGAAGAGAAAAAAACAGAAAAGGAGGGUGUGGAGGAGGAGGAAGAAAAUAGUGGUAUGAAAGAGGAAGGGGAACAAACAGAAAAGGAAAAGGAAGUAAAUAAAAAAUAUCUACAGAAAUUACAAAAGCCAAAAGACAAAAUACAGAAAUUGAAACGCAAAAAAGCAGAAUCAGAAGACAGUGGAGAGCCAAAAGGCAAAAUACAGAAAUUGAAACGCAAAAAAGCAGAAUCAGAAGACAGUGGAGAGCCAAAAGGCAAAAUACAGAAAUUGAAAUGCAAAAAAGCAGAAGCAGAAGACAGUGGAGAGCAACCUGCUAAAAAGAUUCCUGGAAAGAAAGGGAACAAGAAAUGUAAAAAAAUAAUAAAGACUAAAGACCAAGAAGCAGUCAACAUAGAUGACUUAUUUGAUGAAGUAGAAAUUGGUAUUAAAAACAAAGUACAAAGAAAGCUGAAAAAGUUAGGAGUAAAGAGCAAAGAGCCAUGGACAAAAGUGAAGACCAAAAAGAAGAACAAAAAGGUCCCAAAGGCUGUUGCUCCCUCAGAAAUUGAGGAGUUUGACUUUACUGGUACACGCAACCAAGAAAACAUUGACGAAACAACAGAGAGAGCAAAGACUCUACAGGAUUUGGAAUCUCUAGAGGGAGAGAGUGUGAACAAGCUGCAGGAGGCUGUGAAAAUUUUAAAAGACUCACAAGCUCCAGAUACCUCUGUCCCUCACAACCAUAAGCUGCAAGUGGACCCCAAUAAGUUCCUGCAAGUGGAGUCAAAGCGCUUGGUGACAGCCAUGCCAGAUAAUGUGGGUGAGGCAGGGGAGGCUCUGGAUGAUGAGGAACAGGAGAGUGCAGAGAACAUCAUCAGGGAAGCUUUUGCUGAUGAUUACCUCAUGGAGGAAUUCAGUUCUGAGAAGGCAGAGGCCAUCAAGAAGGACCAGCCUAGUAGUAUGAGUCUAGCACUGCCAGGCUGGGGAGACUGGACGGGACCCAACAUGAAGAUGUCCAGUAAAAAAAUAAAGAAGUUCCGGCUCAGGGUGGCUCAUGCCCCACGCAAGGACUCUCGCAUUGGCCAUGUCCUCUACAAUGAGAAAGCUGAUGUCCACACCAACCUUCGCAAAGCCAUGGUGUCUGAGCUGCCGUAUCCCUUCAAGAGUGUGAAAGACUUUGAGGCAUCAGUCAGGGCACCGGUGGGCCGCCUUUUUGUGCCAGAAACGGCUCACAAAAAAAUGACAGCUCCUCCCAUUGUAACAAAGAUGGGGACAGUGAUCCAGCCCAUGACAGAGGAUGAACUGCUACGCUCUGAGGCACCUGGCAAGGGCUUGAAGAAGAACAGGCAGAGUGGACCCAGUAGAGACAGGAAAAGGAAGGCAGCAAGUGGUGCACACGAGAUGCAGAACUCAAAGAGGAAAAUUAGAGUAAAGAAAAGUUCAAGGUAAUUUACAUCUAAAGAAAAAUUAUUCCUUUAAUUAAUCCCCAGAUAAAAAUUUGUAUUCUCUUUCUGUUGUUUCAUGUGCCCACUGUUGUACCACAUGGUAUUCUCUUCCAAGAUUAUAUAAACUAAGUAAACUAAGUGUUUGUAUCUGUGUGUGUGUGUGUGUGUGUGUGUGUGUGUGUGUGUGUGUGUGUGUGUGUGUGUGUGUGUGUGUGUGUGUGUGUGAAAUUUCUGAUUCCUCACUUGAGUAUCCCCUAAGAGGGUAGCCAUGGCAGGAAAGAUGCCACUUCCCUUUAUUCAACCACUCUUCCUUGCUGAGUGCUCAACGUCUCCCAACACCACGCCUGUGGUGAGCUCUGCCUGAUCAUUAGUAAAGUUAAAACAAGUAAUAAGUGUGACUAAACAACAGAAUUCAAGCAUUUGGACUAAUUUAUUUAUUUAUUUUUUCUGAUCAUCAUCUAUAUAGGUGUUUUAUUAUCCUUAUUUUUGUUUGUUUCCUCUUGAAAUCAAUAAAAUGCCCCUCAUAUGCCAAAAGCCCUUCUCCAAAACUAAAAUCACAAAAGGGAUCUAAAGCAUUGCGGAAAAGUAAACUUACGGUGCAAAUAAUAUCCAAAGGAAAAGUAUCCUUGGCCUGGUAGUCUCUCACAUAACCUGCUGUCUUAUUUCUGUGCCAUACUUCCAGCGACAGAGUACCAGGUGAAGUAAGCUAACUGCUACGUAUGACAUGACAUCGGAGAGAGAGAGAGAGAGAGAUUAAUCUUUCGUAAUAUCGCCUUUUUAAUCCUAAAAGGAUGUUUUUUACUGACCUGUUUCUUCUACUUAGCAUUACAUGCUGCCCGGUAUUACCCAACUCGUCCUUCCCACAUUUAAGUUUAAUUCUAUUAAAAAAACAGCGGUCUGUGUUGCUAUGGCAACCUUGGUGACCUGCGGUACCCCCACUCUUCCACGUGGUGAAGUACCAGCAUUCAUUUCUCGACGGACGGCAGGCAGAGCGGAGGUAAGCGUCUGAAGAGCUCCAGCACAGUUUUAAGGUAAUUAGUCGCAAUGAGAAGGAAGAGAUGCAAGGAAUAUAACGCUUUUGCCACACUGAGCAAGGAAAAGUGUGGAGUAUGCAAGAGAGGAAAGUGAAGAAAAAAGCUGGUCAUGUGACCGCUGUAGCAGUGAUGUUAUGGACGGUCAGGAUGAUGUGUGCGCCAAGGCUGGUUCCACGACAUAUGCGAGGAAAAAAAAUAUGAUGAGCUUCAGGAAAACAAGGAGAAGCCUUUGUGGUACAAGAAGUGCAUCAUGCAGGCGGUGAAACACCUGGACACAUUCAAGAGGCUGAGAAGAAAAGGAAGAGUGGAAGUAGGAACAAGAAAAAUAUGAUGCCAAAAGUCUUGGAGUUGAGAGACUGGGAGUACUUGAGAGAAAAAAGAAAAAAAAAAAAAAAAAACAUGUUAAUCUCACUCCUCAGCACCCACGCAGAAGUGACUCAGCCCUGUCCUUGGUUAACCACCUCCAAUGUGGCUGCCCCUUCCAUAACUACCCAGGAUGUGGGUAUGUCAUCUAUUUUACCACUUCACUCAUCUGCCAAUGGACUUCUGUGAUGAUGAUGAGACUCAGUCUGCUAACCAACCAGCAGAACCAGAUACCUGUACCCCAGACUUUUGCGAGAUGGUGGAAUUUGUUGUCUCCUGUUUCCCUGAAGUGGAAGGGCAAUGUGUGGAGAGAGUUCGGGCAGACCCACCAAGUGCAUUGAGACAAGUCUCCAUGCUUCUAGGUUGACACAAGCAAGACCAGUGGAUUACUCCAUCGAAGUAGCCUCAAUUGCCUUACUGAGAGCUAUGGAACGUUAUAGACCUAUCCUUGCCAGUUACCCUUCUCAUUGAUACCUUCGCAUUUACGCAGUGAGUGGUCAUGAAGCAGGCAAGGCAGCCAAGCCCUCUCUCUUACCACUAAGGGAAGUGAACUCAAGGUUUUUGCCCAGCAGGCAGACAUGCCCAGGCUUGAAGGUGUCUUGGCAAGGAUGAGGGAGGCACCAAAUUUUUCUUUUUGGAUCCUGACUGCCUUUUAAUGUCUUUUACUGCCCAUGACACCAUCUCCUGCUACCAUGGCCAUGGCAUAUCAGCUCUUCAAGAGUCUCCAGAUAAUCGUGGUGGAUCAAGCAAAGGCCUUUGCCUUAACUAAUGUGAAGGCAGUACACAGAAACUCUUGCCUUUCGCAUCUCCUUUCAUCCUUUAAGACUGCCAUAAAGUCCUUUGACAGUUCUCUGUAAACUCUGGUCUUCUCUUUGAUGACAAAGUCAAAGAAGUCCUGGACAGGGCAGGCAAGACUAUUUCUUUGACCUUCCAGUAGGCAGUGGCCAAGGCUCUAACUAAACCAUGCCCUUCUCCAGGUUUACUUUUGUUGGAGUGCAAUCCUAAGCCCUCCACUUCAGGAUAACCCUCCUCCUGGCAACAACAAGCGGGCCCUCCUCCCCACAGGUCUGUAGGUGGACCAGGUGCCUCUUCCAAUUUUCAAAGAGGAAGGAAAAAAUUUUUUCAAAAGUAAAUCCCACCUCCACCCAACAAAGGUUGCAGGCUGCCUUAAUUGGAACUGAGGUGAAUAGAAGGCCAUAGGAGCAGAGGACUGCUAUCCUGGAUUACUGUUACCAGAUCCCUUUUGUCACACAUCCACCCCUGCAGGCCGAAGCAGUGGAUUUUGGGACUUAACUUGCCAAUUUCCAAGAAGGGAGAAGACUUGGACAUGGAAAUACAACAGCUCAUAGACAAAAGGGUGGUGGAGGACGCUCCCCUAACACCAAGAUUCUUCACUCGUGUCUUUGUGGUCACCAAGGCUACAGGUGGCUUUUGUCCAGUCAUAGAUCUCUCAGUCCUCAACAAGUAUGUCCUUGAGACCACAUUCAUGAUGGGGACAGUGAGGACAGUUUUUGCAGCAAUACACAAGAAUGACUGGACAGUCAGUAGAUAUGAAAGAUGCCUAUUUUCAAGCGCUGGUCCCUCGAGAAAGCUGCAAGUACCUUCGUUUUCUUUGGGGGGGAGUCAUUCUUUACAAUUUUGCGUCCUAUGUUUUGGCCUGUCCACUGCCCCACAAGUGUUUACAAGAAUGAUGGUGCUGAUUUCAGUGGCUUUACAUCGGAAGGGAGUGUUCCUUCUGUGCUACUUGGACGAUUGGCUCUUGUUAGCCGCCUCUGAGGAAGAAACACACCAAACCACCUAGAUGCUACUCCACCUGUGCAUCAGGUUAGGUGUGAUGAUGAACUGGGAGAAAUCAGACUUUUCUCCACUCCAAUCCAAGAUCUUUUUAGGGAUGGAGAUUAAUUUUCUUCUUUUGAAGGCUUUUCUGACCAGAGGAUGCAUUGAUGACCUGCUGCUGAAUGAGGCCUUUAUAUGCAACCAGUUCCCCCUUGCCUGGGAUUGGUUGGUUUUGCUAGGCUACAUAGUGUCCUUGAUACACCUAGUACCAGGCAGUUGAUGCAGGAUGAGGAGCUUGCAACUUCAUCUAUCCCAGGCUUGGGACAGACAGUCACGGUCACCUACUUCCAGUACCUUGGACCAUGGAAGUGUAUGCCAACCUCCUUUGGUGGUCAGACAAGGACAGCCUCUGGUCAGGCUAAUCUCUCCAGGCUGCAUCCCCAGACUUGUGUCUGUACAUGGACUCCUCCUCCACAGGGUGGGGAGCAUCAUCUCUCUAUGAGUCAGUGAGCAGUCUCUGGUCUCUUGCAGAAAAAGCACUAUACAUCAAUGUUCUGGAGCUCCAAGCAAUAAGAUUAGGCUUUCAGUAUUUUGUGGAAUUAGUUCAAGGCCGGACUGUAGCAGUGUUCUCUGACAGUGCGACUGCUCUGGUGUUUUUGGCCAAGAAAGAGGGAAUCUGGUCUUUUCUGCUCAACAUGGAAGCUCAGCAAACACUGAAAUGGUAAGAGAACAACUGUCCAGCUUCUCAUCCAGUUCAUCAGGGGUUCUUCCAAUGUCCUCGCAGACUGCCUCAACCGACAGAAGCAAGUGCUCUCCACAGAAUGGACACUGCACUAGGAGGUGUGCAAUGCGCUGUGGAAGGGGUGGGGUUGCCCAUUGGUGGAUCUGCUCGCCACCAGGCUCAACUUUUGAUUGUUGGCCUUUAUUCCAGGACCCCAUGGCAAUAGCAAUGGAUGCCUUUUUCUACUGUUGGGACUAUCAGGAGCUGUAUGUCUUACCUCCUUUCUCUGAAGUGAGAAAGGUCCUAAACUCUCCCAUGACUCUCAGGGAACUACACUCAUCCUGAUAACCCUGUUCUGACCCCAGAAGGAAUGGUUCCCAGACCUAAUACAAGCAACAAUGGACACUUCUGAAUGCUUUCCUCCUUGACCAGACCUCCUGCACUAACUACAUGUUCAUCAUUUCCAUCAUGCUCUCCACGAACUUCUGCCAGUCAUGUGGAGACUGUCAAGUGACUCCAUCAACAGGGGUAUUCAGGAAGAGUUGUGCAGUUACUGGUGGGAGCUAAAUGCCAUUACACUACCAUAAUGGAAAACCACUGCUAGGAAGACCCUCACAGGUGUUAUAUUGUAACCAGCAUUGGGCUGGAAUUCUUGGGCAUUCAUAUUAACUCUGUUUUGGCUCCUUCAGUGCUUGUUGAUCAUUAUGCAAAAUGUUCCAGGAAAAUAAGUGUUGAUGUAAUAAUUUCAGGUCUUCAUAACAUGUAACACAAAGCAGUGCAUCUGUUGCAAAAGGUUUUGUACAGCUUUGAUAAUACUCCAUUUUCUAUAACAUUUAAUUUUGUAUAGGACAGUUUUGUGCCUCCUCAAAUCACUAGCUUUGUAAUCAUAGUCUUUAUUUUGUUGAGAGGAUUUUAAUUUAAUUAAUUUAUUUGUUUAUUAUUUUUUUCCCAUAUGCCUUUGAGAUACAGUAGUGUUCUCUUAUCAGCAACAUGUUUUAUGUGGGACUGGUUCAGGUGUGUUAUGUUUAUCAAUACGGAUUAAAUAACAGAAUCAAUGGAAUACCAAUCAAUAAUACAUAAUGAGAAAAAUAUAUUUGUUUCACAUAUGACCUCUUUCUUCUACUUAACAGUACAUGCUCCCCAAUAUUGGCAAACUUGUCCUUCCCACAUAAACAACAGUGUGCCUUGUCAGCCAUCAGGAACUCCUGAUGGCUGACAAGGCACACUGUUGCCACAAGUACAAGAGGAAGUCAAGUGAACUUCUGACUGGAUGGGCUGGACACUUGUAUGGCUGUGCUUCCUGAACCACUGGCGACACCAAUUCCACUUAUACUGAUAGUUCAUAGUAAAUGUGGGAAGGACAAGUUUGCUAAUAUUGGUGAGCAUGUAUAAGGUCAUGCUGAAUAGUGUCUUCUCUUAUAAAGGAUUCAAUCUAUCAGAAGAUCCUGUUCUUCAUGACAUUGUUAAGGCCCAUGUGAGACAAGUCCCCAGAUUAGUAAACAAAACCCCUUCUUGGAAUGUAGAUGUGGUCUUGAUGGCUCUAACAUUACCUCCCUUUGAACUCCUAAGUUGUUCCUCUCUCAGGGACUUAACAAAGAAAACCGUUUCUGGUGGCACUGGUGAUGGCUAGGAGGGUUGGUAAACUACAAGCCCUCUUCUAUAAGGUAGCAUGUUAGGGCAAUGAUCUGGUCCUGGCAUAUGUGCCUGAAUUUGUUGCCAAAAUGGAGACAACUCAAACCCUAUUGCAAAGGAGCUCAGGCUUUGAAACUCAUCCUACUUGGUCAGCUCUGAAGAUGAGGAAAGUCUAUUGUGCCCUGUUCGAGCACUUGAAUUGUACUGCUACAGGAUGUCCUCCACUGUUCAUCCCAAGCAACUCUUUGUUGGUUAGGGACCAGUCACCCCCUCUCUCUAAGGCUGCUAUGUCUCUCUUCCUCAAGGGGAAUAUAAAAAGAGCUCAUGAGUCUCUAUCUGUGGACCUCUGUCCCCUCCUCAGGUUGAGGGAGCAGAACAUUCAUGGUAUUGCCACCUCCAUUCUCUUGUGGAAGGAUGCAGCUUGCUGGAAGGCACUCUUAAUCUUUGCUGAUCACUAUGUGAAGGAAUUCCAAAGGAUGGAGGGGGGACUUCUUUGCUCUAGGGCCAAUUAAAGUGGCUGGUGAUAUUGUGUCUUAAGGUUCCAUUGUGGUUGCCCCGCCCUCAGGGCUCACUGACACUUUCCCCUAUCCUCAGUGCACUGUAGACAUUCAGUGUGAGGUCCAAGUGGCAUUAUCACUCUCCACUGCCUCACCACCUUCAGGAUGCCCCUACACAAGUUAGUGGGUCACUAACUCUUCAUGAUGUGGACUCUCAUCCUUGUAUUUUCUUUCCAAGGCACGAUCCCUUCUCCUUAAAUGUGAGAAUCUGAUAAGUAGAAGAAACCGGUUCUGUGUGAAGCAAAUCAUCUUUUUAAUCCUAAAAGGAAUUUUUCACAUACCCGUUUCUUCUAUGAAAAUCUUCCCAGCAUCUCCUGCACCACCAACAACACCAAUUCCACAUAUUGAUAGUUCAUAGUAAAUGUGGGAAGGACAAGCUGGGUAAUAUUGGGGAGCAUGUACUGCUAAGUAGAAGAAAGAGGUCAUAUGUGAAACAAAUAUAUUUUUUUCAUGUAUUAUUGAUUGGUAUUCUGUUAUUUAAUGUUUUUUUCUCAAUACUAGGUUUGUUCUUUUAAUUUCUGUAUUCAUGGUGAUUUUCUUAUUUUCUAUACAUUUUAAUAAUUCCAUUCCAAGAGAUUAAGUUCUUAAUUUUAGUUGUAAUAAUAAUAGUUCUUAUUUUAUUUCCAUUCAUGCUAUAUCUGUUUCCUCUUAUUUUAUAUACUAUUCUUGUCUUGAUCAUUAGCCAUCAUCAUUACCAUCAUGAAAUACUUUUUUUCUUCCUUAAGACUAUUAAUUUAUUCUCUCCUUUUACUUUUUUUCUUCCUUACUUCUUUUAAGACUUCAUAUCCUCCCCCUUCUCUUCUGUUCUCUUCCUUCUCAUUGAGGCAAGUAAUGACACAGAAACACACCAAUACUGUCACUGACUGAUGCUCUCACUCACUCAACUUUGCAUAUUCCCUCCCAUCUUGUAUUGAAACAUGCAGCAGACUAAUGCUGGAUUUCCACUAAAACUUACAUAAUUGCAUGGUUCCUUAUCCUUCAGUGAUGCUGUGAGAGCAAGGGAAGUAUGAGUUUUAUCUGAAGGUGUGACAAAAAACAGGGUAUGAACAAUUGACAUGUAUUUACAGCUACACCUUACACCAACACAACAACCAGGAAGAGUAUAAAUUGGGACAGUAACAAGGCAAUCAUGUUACUGCCACCACCAUUAUGGCGCUCUUCUUAAUCCACCCUAUUUUUUGACAAGGACAGGAGUGCUUCAUGUAUGUAUUAAAAUAAAAACCAUUUUAAACACUGGUGAAAAAUGAAAAGUCAGUUUACUACCUGAAGGUUCCAAACUUUAAAUGAGAAGUCUAUUAACAUGCCAUGUCUGGAUAACACUGACUUACCCUGUUUUGUAGGAGUGCACUAAGUCAAUGAAAGGUAAUAUGUACACACCUGAACCAGUCCCACAUAGAACAUGUUGCUGAUAAGAGAACACUACUGUAUCUCAAAAGCAUAUGGGAAGAAAAAAAAAAAAAAAAAAAAAAAAAAAAAAAAUCAAAAUAAA